GUGUAUCCUGCUCAUCCUACUCUGUUUCUGUGGACUGGUACUACGCUUGAUACUGUAUGCGAUGCACCAAUGUUGCAGACUGGUGAAUAUCCGAGGGAUGACUCUUCUCGACCACUCACCAGUCCCCCCCUCCCGUUGUCUGUCACUCCUGAGAACCUAUACUCUGCAUUUAGUAGGCCAACUGCUGGUCUACUUCUGUGCUGGCAAUAUUCCAACCCCAACUUGAUUUCCGAUGCUGCUUUGCAGCAACUCACUACUUUCCUUGAUGAUGAUGCUUACAACCGAAAUGACAUAUGCCAUUUC